AUGAAUAAAUUAGAAAAUAAUUUAGAUGAAACAAAUGAUACACUUGUUGAAAGUGGCUGCAGAACAUACAUUAUGGAAGGAUAUCCCACUGAAAAUGGUGAAACACAACCUGAAUUAAAGGAGUAUUAUGUCUAUCCUAAUGUUGUAGUUCAUGAUUAUGAAAAUAAUAACAAUUCUUUAAUGAAUUUCGAUUGCUCAAAAACCCCAUUUAGUUGUCAUCCUAAAAAUCCUAGAGUAUUUAUUCGUAGAGUUGAUAAUAAACGUAUAUGGGGUAAUAAAACUUACAAUGUUUUAAAUGGUUCAUAUUAUAAAAAUGUCAGCCACCCCAUAUUUCCAUCAAGAGAUUCUUUUGAUAGAAGAAAAAUGGAAGAGCAUAAUUAUUCUAUGAAUGCAAAUGAAAGCGGAGGAAUUAAUGAAAAUUAUUUAUCUAAUAAAAUUAACGAUAAAACAUAUAUGUAUGCCACUGAUGAAUAUAAUUAUCCCAUAAAUGAACAAGUCUUAAAUGAUAGUAAUAUACAAAUGGAUGUACCUCUUUGUGUCCAAGAAGCAAGCCAAAGUGACAAUGGAUAUAAUAUUGUUUUACCAAUAAACCCAAUAAAUCAGGAUGAAUAUUAUUAUAAUUAUUUAAAUCCAGAAGUUUUAGAUAAUAAAUGCAAUAUUAAUCCUAGAGCAGUUGCAAAUUUUGUUUAUAUUUUUUUUAAAUAUAUUUACAAAGUAUUUAAGCUGGCUUUAGAAAAAAUAAAAAGAGACUUCAAUACUAAAGAGGUUUAUUUUGACUCGGGGAUGCUACCAUUUCAUGAUUUGGAUAUAGCAUGUGAAAUAUGUAGGAGCAAAUAUGGAGAUAUAUUAAUGGAAGCACAUAAUAAGGAUUGCUUAACAUAUUUUGAAGGGUAUGAUGAAACUCGUACUGUUUUUACAAAAUUAUGGGAUAUAUUGAAUAAUUGGAUAGAUUCAAGAGAUAAUAGUAAAAUAGAAAUAAUAAGAGGAAAAAAAAGCAUAAAUAAUGAAGCAUAUUAUCAAAUGGAAGAUUUUCCAAAAGAUAAAAAUGGUAAAAUUGAAUUACCAGAAUUUAAACCUGCUGAAAGAAAAAAAUCAGUAAAAUUUUAA